CGGGAUCACGGUUACAACUGCCCCUGGAAUCGAGCCUCGGCUUAAACUCUCCUCGCUCACUCAGCUUCCGAAGCUGGGACUUCCAUCAAUUGUGUCCACGAAAUUCGCCCGACUGCAUCCUUUCCUUUUUGUACAUAUCGGGCGAUAGGUUUGAUUCCUUCUUCCCUCUAGGUUGAGUUAUAAGUGAACCCGGAUCCCCCCUUCUUCAACUUGUGUGGAUCGCGAUGGCGGAGGAAAAUCCAAUGACGUUCGAAGACCUGAUGUCUCUGCAAACCCUAGAUUUUGGGGAAGGCGAGCGAGGAAAAGAGCAAUUCAUGAGUGUGCGCCCGGCUUUCUGUGCAGGUGGCGGGGCGGGAGCUUCGUUUGGCGGGCAUGUGUACGCGCAGGGUGUCUGGGCGGCUGCUCAGACGGUGGGGAGCGGAAUGGUUGUUCAUAAUGUCCAUGGAUUCUUCACCUUACCCGGGAUGCCGGAUCGGCCGUAUGUUUAUGAAGUUACACAUCUGUCGGAGGGGAAGAGUUAUUGUACACGGAAUGUUAAUGUUAGGCAACCUACGACUCCUCCGGAAUCGAGGAGCAGGUUUAAGGAAGAAGAUGCGGGGAAAGAGUUAGGCAAGAUCUGCUUCAGUUGUAUUUGUUCGUUUAAGAGGGAUGAGAAGGAGACGUUCAAGGGGCAUCAGGGAGUGCGUGUGCAGGAACGGUGGAAGGAGGUGCUUGGGAGUAGGAAUGGAGAGGCUUGGGAGAAAGCGCCGGGCGUGGAUGCUCCGUGGUACCACCGCCAAGCAUCCACCUCUCCUCCCCCUCUCCUCCCGAUCUUCCCUGGCCUCGACAUUCGCAAAGUCAAUAUGACCCACCAUAACACCUCCGACCCUCUUGCCUACCGCACCCUCUCCCUCUACCGCCCUUUCGGUCACCUGCCCAUCUCCCUCCCAAACCUCCACGCCUGCGCACACCUCUACGCCAGCGACAAGAACUCUCUCUUCAUUAUCUCCAACGCUCUGGGAUUCGGAGACCAGGUUGGAAAAAUGGGGAGUUUAUCUCAUUCUGUUGUCUUCCAUGUACCGGCUUCGGAGCUGAUGUUUCAAGGACAUGAUGAGGAAGGAGGAAAAUUGAAUUGGUGGGUUCAAGAAGCUUGGACGCCGAGGAGUGGACAAGGGAGAGGGAUGCAUGAGAGUUGGAUUUGGAGUCCGAGUGGGAGGCAUGUUGCGACUACGUGGCAGGAGGGACUUAUUAGGAGGGCGGAGAGAGAGGAGGGUGAGAAGCAAAGGUUGAUGUGGGAGGAGGGGAUGAGGAAGAAUGGGAGAUUGGGAGGGAGGGGGAAGUUAUAAUAUUGAUGCAUGGUACAGCUGCGUGUAUUAUAUUGCUCUUCAGCAUGUGUUCCGAAUACCCUGCGAGUUGCUGUAAGAUCUUACAUUCAGACUCGUAUUUAAGGGGCAAGGAUACUAACUUAUUUGUUUCCCC